AUGGCCAGGAGACCCAGGCACAGCAUAUAUAGUAGUGACGAGGAUGAUGAAGAUAUUGAGAUGUAUGAUCAUGACUACGAUGGACUACUUCCCAAGACUGGGAAACGUCACUUAGGAAAAACAAGGUGGACUCGAGAGGAGGAUGAGAAGCUAAAGAAACUAGUAGAACAAAAUGGAACAGAUGAUUGGAAAAUUAUUGCCAAUUUUCUUCCUAAUCGGACAGAUGUACAAUGCCAGCAUCGAUGGCAAAAAGUACUAAAUCCUGAGCUAAUCAAGGGACCAUGGACCAAAGAAGAAGAUCAGAGAGUGAUAGAACUUGUACAGAAAUAUGGUCCGAAACGUUGGUCUGUUAUUGCCAAGCACUUGAAGGGAAGAAUUGGAAAACAAUGUAGGGAAAGGUGGCACAACCAUUUAAAUCCAGAAGUUAAGAAAACCUCCUGGACCGAAGAGGAAGACAGAAUAAUAUACCAGGCACACAAGAGACUGGGGAACAGAUGGGCAGAAAUCGCAAAACUACUGCCGGGACGAACUGAUAAUGCUAUCAAGAACCACUGGAAUUCUACAAUGCGUCGAAAGGUUGAACAAGAAGGUUAUCUUCAGGAGUCUCCCAAGGCCAACCAGCCAACAGUAGCCACAAGUUUUCAGAAGAACAAUCAUUUAAUGGGUUUUGCCCAUACGCCACCUUCUGCACAGCUCCCUUCAACUGCCCAGCCCCCAAUUAGCAACGACUAUUCCUAUUAUCAUAUCUCUGAAACACAAAAUGUUUCCGGUCAGAUUCCAUAUCCCAUCGCAUUGCAUGUAAAUAUUGUCAAUGUCCCUCAGCCAGCUGCUGCAGCUAUUCAGAGACACUAUAAUGAUGAAGACCCUGAGAAAGAAAAACGAAUAAAGGAAUUAGAGUUGCUACUAAAGUCGACUGAGAAUGAACUGAAAGGGCAGCAGGCAUUACCAAUACAGAACCACACAUCCAGUUACCCAGGCUGGCACAGUACAACAAUUGCUGACCAUACCAGACCUCAUGGUGACAGUGCACCUGUUUCCUGUUUGGGAGAACAUCACUCUACUCCAUCUUUACCAGUGGACCACGGCUGUUUACCUGAAGAAAGUGCAUCUCCAGCAAGGUGCAUGAUCGUUCACCAAGGCAAUAUCCUGGAUAAUGUUAAGAACCUUUUAGAAUUUGCAGAAACACUCCAGUUUAUAGAUUCUGAGUCUUCAUCAUGGUGUGACCUCAGCAGUUUUGAAUUCUUUGAAGAAGCAGAUAUUUCACCUAGUCAACAUCACUCAAACAAGGCCAUACAACUUCAGCAAAGAGAGGGCAGUAUGCAUAAACCUGAAGAAUAUAUUAGCACAAGCACAAGCUUGAGCAAAUGCAUGUUGAGUCAGGGUUUCCUUGACUCACCCAAGUCCUUACCUACUACUGCAAAGCACAGCACAAUUCCACUCGUCAUCCUUCGCAAAAAAAGAGGGCAUGCCAGCCCGCUAGCUACCGGAGACUAUAGCUCCUUCAUAUUUGCUGACGUCAGCACUUCAACUCCCAAGCGUUCCCCUGUCAAAAGUCUACCCUUCUCUCCCUCUCAGUUCUUAAAUACUUCCAGUAACCAUGAAAACAUGGAUAUGGAUAUGCCUACUUUAACUUCUACCGCACUCAAUGGUCAUAAGUUGACUGUUACAACACCAUUUCACAGAGAUCAAACUGUUAAACCUCAAAAGGAAAAUAAUAUUUUUAGAACUCCAGCUAUCAAAAGGUCAAUAUUAGAGAGCUCUCCCAGAACUCCUACUCCAUUCAAACAUGCACUUGCAGCACAAGAAAUAAAAUAUGGUCCUUUGAAGAUGCUACCUCAGACACCAUCUCAUCUUGUAGAAGACCUACAAGAUGUGAUCAAACAGGAAUCUGAUGAAUCAGGAAUUGUAUCAGGAUUUCAUGAAAAUGGACCACCUUUGUUAAAAAAGAUCAAGCAAGAGGUGGAAUCUCCAACUGCGAAAGCAGGAAAUUUCUUCUGCUCCAAUCAUUGGGAAGGGGAGAACUUAAACACUCAGCUAUUCACACAGGCAUCUCCUAUGGAAGAUGUGCCAAAUCUUCUUACAAGCUCUGUUUUAAUGAUGCCAGUGUCAGAAGAUGAUGUUCUCAAAACGUUUACAGUACCUAGAAAUAGAUCCUUGGCUAGCCCUUUGCAGCAUCUUAGUAAUGCCUGGGAAUCUGUGUCCUGUGGGAAGACAGAGGAUCAAAUGAUGGCCUCCGAUCAGGGUCGGAAAUAUAUAAAUGCAUUCUCCACCAGGACACUGGUCAUGUGA